AUGGAGAUCAGUGGCGAAAUCCCGGAACGUGACAAUGCAAAUUCGACGCAUCCACGAGGAACAAGAACAUCAUACGGGUACCAUAUUGAACCAACAAGUGGAUCGAGAGAACAUUACGGACCACCUAGACUCCUUAAAGGAGAGAUGGUUGCCAUGGGACAACAAAUCCUUACAGCUAAAACUAUGACAGUCGUAGCGGAACAAAGAGCGGAGGAGGCCACUUGCGAGUUGUGUGGGAUGUCAGGGAACCUUAUAUGUAUGACUUCCAUACACACACAAUCACCGAGCAUCCAUUCAUUUCCUUUCCAGAGAGAGAAAGUAGAGAGAGAAUUAAACUUUUUCUGUCUGUCAUCUCUGCAACUUUCCAACAUUUCUCUCACCUUUCCUCUGUUCUUCACCUCUUCAAGGUUGAAUUGGAUAUGCAGAGGGUUUGUAUUGAUCUUCGUGGGCCCAAUUUCUCUUGCUACCAAUCCUGCAGAUGUCAGUGCGAUAAAUAAACUGUAUGUUGCAUUGGGAUCUCCACUACUCCCUGGAUGGACAGCUAGUGCUGGAGACCCGUGUAUCGAGGGUUGGCAGGGUGUUGCAUGUGACCCUACUAAUACAAACAUCUUAUCAAUAACUGUUAUUGGUGCAAAUAUAGUAGGAGAACUUGGUGAGAGCCUAGGAUCUUUUACUUCACUUCAAAGCAUAGAUUUGAGCAAUAAUCAUAUUGGGGGUUCCAUUCCAACUGAAUUUCCUGUUACCAUUAUGAAUAUUUUUCUUGCAGAUAACAAUUUCACGGGAAGCAUUCCGGUUUUUCUAACCUCUCUAACACAAUUAACAGCCUUGUCUCUAAAUGAUAACAAUUUAUCAGGAGAAAUACCGGAUUCCUUUGAAGGCCUUACGGGUUUGGUUAAUCUUGAUUUGUCUAGUAAUGAUUUGAGUGGAGAAUUACCUUCCUCUUUACAACAUUUAUCUUUUCUAACUACUUUUCAUUUGCAGAACAAUCAACUCUCUGGGACUCUAGAUGUUCUACAAGAUCUUCCAUUGACUGAUCUGAAUGUAGAGAAUAACAUGUUCAAUGGACCUAUACCUGAAAAGUUACUAGCCAUUCCUAUUUUCAGAAAAGACGGGAACUUAUUCAAUACCACAAGUGCAGCUCCACUAUCUCCACCUACAUCCCCAAUCCCACUCACGCCCCCAGGCACCACCGGAACGCCUUUUUUCCCGUCACCUCGACAGACACCCGGGAAACAAUCGCCACCUGGCAAACAAACACCAUCACAACAAGCGGAUGGUCCAUCGUCAAAUGAAGGGUCGAAAUCUAGCUCCACAAAUAAGUCAUGGAGUUCUAAAAAGAAAGUUUGGGUGUCAAUUGCAUCGAUAUUUGGUUUUAUAGUUUUGGGAUUACUCUGUCUGCUAUUUAUACCACCUUGCUUUAGAAGAAAACGACUUCCCGGUUUGAUGAACAAGCGACAUGAGAUCGCUCCGUAUAACCGCGAGAGUCAUAUGGAGAAUGGGCCUUUGGCUCAACCACCUAAUCAGGUUGAUAAAGCACCCCCCAAAGAAGGCGGCAAUUCCACCACCAAAGGAGGAGCAACAACAACUGCUUUCACCACCACCACCACCACCACCACCACGAAGAACAGUUCCAAUGCAAAGAUUCACCGCCUUACCAAAGCAAGACAGUCAGGAGAUAGAUUUCACCAGAUUUGA